AUGACCGGAGCAAGUUGCAUCCACACAAGUGCCAACGAGGCCAAGCUGAGGAUUCUCAGCCGCGAGGAACAGCCCCCUGGAUCCCCGCGAUGUGGGGCAAAAGACUUGGGCUGCCCCCCUGCUCUGGUGUUGCAACGGGAAGGCGAGAAAGUCUUCCCAGUUUCAGCCGCUAGAGGCCCUUCGCGCUCUUUGGAGACCAGCCGCCACUCGGUCACUGGAAGGGCAGCUCUGAUCCUCGGGGGCCAAGAGCAGGGCCGGAUUUUCUCCUGCUGCAUCAGCACCCGGUCUGCGUGCGCCUCUUGGGUCGGCCUGGCUUUAGAGGUGCCUCCUUGGUGUGUUACGCUGCUGGGCCUCGAGGGGAACGAGCGGACUCUGGAACGGAGCCAAAGUGCUCCGCUGCAGCUCAGCCAGCCCCUCCAGGUCCAAGAAGCAGCGGAGAAACUGACCAGCAAGGCCACAAGGAACUGGCGUGAUUUCUACCAGUGGAGCAAUGAGCCCGGGGGAGGGGAGGGGAGGAGGAGGAGCCCCCCUAACACUGAGGAGCCUCCGGCCCCGCACGUGCCGUGGGGCGGCCUCUCCGGGCUGCUGCAGUUGCAGCCGCAGCAGCCGCGUUUGCAAGGCUCGCCCGGGGAGGAGCCUGCGAAGGGAGGGGCCCUCCUUAGGGCGGGGGGGGAGGAGGAGGGGGCGGGAGCGGCGUCCCUGCUUGGAGCGGCGUCGGGGGCGGGGAGCGAAGGAAGGAGGCCGGCCGGCCAGCCAGCACCAGCGGACCCUGCCCGGUUGCAGCAGCGGCAGCAGCUGCGCGUGUCUGCGGGAGGAGCAAAGAAACUUUGCUGCAGCCGCCGCCGCCGCCGCCUCUUCCCGGCCGGGCUGCGCCGCAGCGAGCGAGCGAGCGGGCGGGGGGCGUUGCGCUGUGCAUUGCAGCAGGCGAAGCGGCGCCGGGGUCGCUCGGCCUGGCCCGCCGCCGGCGCCGGGAUGAGCCUGCUGCGGGUGUCGGCGCUGCGGCCGCAGGAGGCCGAGGAGGCGGCGGCGACGACCACGACGACGGGCCCCCCGCGCUCUCCGCCGCCGCCGCCCUGGCUGCCCAGCCACGUCCAGGUGACGGUGGUGCAGGCCCGGGGACUGCGGGCCAAGGGGGGCCCGGGCGACGCCUUCGUGGCGCUGCAGCUGGGCCGCCAGAAGCACCGCACGUCGGUGGCCACGCAGAAGGGCGGCUGCCCGCGCUGGGCCGAGGAGUGCGCGCUCGAGGUGCCGCCGCCGCCCGAGCCCCACGCCGACCUGGACGCCGAGGCGCUCCUGCUGCACCUCACCGUCUGGCAGCGCGCGCUCGUCGGCCCGGACCGCUUCCUCGGGCGCGCCGCCGUGCCGCUGGCCGCGCUGCUCCAGGGCGGCCGCUCCCACCAGAGCCAGUGGUACAAGCUCCACUCGAAGCCCGGAAAGAAAGAGAAGGAGCGCGGCGAGAUCCAGCUGGGCAUCCAGUUCACCCGCCACAGCUUGACCGCUAGCAUGUUUGACCUGUCCAUCAAGGACAAGCCCCGGUCGCCCUUUGGCAAGCUGAAGGACAAGAUGAAGGGCCGGCAGAAGUACGACCUGGAGUCCGCCUCCGCCAUCGUGCCCAGCAGUGGCGGAGCGCUGGACGAGGACUUCGACCUGGGGGGCCGGAAGGCCAAGGCCAAGGGCUUCUUCUUCAAGAACAAGCUGCGGAAGUCCUCCCUGACCCAGUCCAACACCUCCCUGGGCUCCGACAGCACCGUCUCCUCGGCCAGCAGCAUGGCGGGCCUCGGGAUGUCCGAGGGGCUGACUCAGUCGCCCAGCCGGCACAGCAGCCUCUCCACUGACCGCUCUGUGAGAGACUUCCUGCCCUCCCCAAAGCUCACCCACAAGAGGGCCUUCAGCGACGAGGUCUCCCAGAUCAACAUGCUGCCAGAAUCCAAAUCGGUCCAGAGCCUGAAGCCGCAGAACGAGCCCGUCUCCCGGUCUUCGCUCUGCAUCAACGGAAGCCACGUUUACUGCGACGAGCCCUCUCCGAAGCCGGCCUUCCUCUCCUCCGCGCCUGCUCCUCUUCCUCCGGCCCAGAGCAGCACCCACAAGCCCGACCCGGGCGUCACCGUGGGGCUGGGCGCCCCGGAUCCGGACCUGCCGCCCUGGUCCGGCAGCGGCUUCCCGAAAGGGCCCUCGAAGGACCCCCCGAGGUUCAUCCCCUCCCCGCCCAUCCUGGCCGCGCAGGAAGAAGACAAGCUCUCGGUCAAGACCAUCGCCCUCAGCAAGCACCGCGGCAGGGUCAAGAUGGAGGAGGGGCUGCGCGGGGAGAGCAAGCCCGUGCAGGUGGCCACGCCCAUGGCCUUCUCCGCAGAGGGGCUGCGGGGGAGGGCCCACGAAGAGGCCCAGAAGCGGGAGGAGGGCCGCAGGGCCACGGCUGGCGUCUUCCGCCGGGGCAGCAGCAAAGAGAGCGGGAAGAGCAGCGCGGGCGAGAGCGAGGCGGGGCCCUCGCCGGGUCCGGAGGGGAAGGCGAGGCGAGAGGCCGGCGAAGAAGAGGGCAGCGGCAGGAGCAGCAGCUGGUUCGGCCUGCCGGAUGCCAAGGGGCCUGCCCGGAAGCAAAGCUCUCCCUCUGGCCCGCUUGCUACGACCGAGUUUGCCACGGACACUUGUUUCUCUGAGGAUCGUGGCCCCUCUCCCUUCGUAAGAGUCGGAGAACGGCAGCCCGAGUCUGCCCCCCAAAGACGGAGCGGUCCCCAGCUGCCUGCUGCCCCCCCGGAAUGGGACGACAGCUUCGACGCCUUUGCAACGAGCAGGCUCAGGCCAGAAGCGCGGAGGGAGCCGUCGGGGGCCCCUCCUGCAGCGGCCGCGGCCGGAGCAAGCCCACCCCAGGCUGCUGCUGCUGAGCUCCUGCUGCAGGGGGACCCGGAGCCCCCAGGCAGCGGCGGAACGACUGGGGGAGGGGAGGAAGCCCCUUCAAGGGGCUCGGAUUCGCCGAGCGCCGUCCUGGAGGAGAGAGGCUGCCGGGGUGAGGAGGACCCCAGCGAGUGGAUGGAGAGCAGGUCCGGCGACGCUGCAGUGCCAGGGGGGUCGGCCUGGGAGGAAGGCCCCGCCCGAGGCCAUCCUGCAGGGGCGGUGGAGUCUGGAGCGGGCGGCCUCCAAGGAGAGCCGGCCAGGAGAGAGCUGGCAGGGCAGCGACCCACCACGGAGAGAUGGGAGGCGGUGGCCCUCGGCCGGAGUCCGGAGAGCAGCCCAAGCCUGCGCCCCCCCUCCUUCUCAGAGGACGUCGUCUUCCCAGCGGAGGAGGAAGAGCGGGAGGGCCUGCCUCCAAGCCCACCCAAUCGAAGCCGGCUGGGAAGGCCUGGCGGGGGGCCGCUCUCGCUGCUGCGUGAAGAUGGCCCAGGCCCUGGUGCUGAAGUGGCGGCCCCCUCCGGGGCUGGGCCGUGUGGCAGGGGCUCAGGGAGCGAGCAGGAGAGGCCCGGCCUGGCGCCCCCGGUCCAUGGGGCCACCCAAGCCAGCUGGAACCGAGGCCAGGACGUUGAGGAGGAGAGAGAGGUGACCUUGGAGCCCCAGGGAGGGGCGGGCGAGCACAGGGCAGAGCCCCCCCCUCCAAAGCCCCCACGCAGGUUCACGCCCCUCAGCCUUGAAGCUGAAGCCAACGGGGCUCUGUGGGGCUGGCAGGAGGGGGGGUCAGGGGGCCUCGCGGAGCGCGACACCCAGGUGGGCCCAGCGGCGGCGGCGGAGAGGCUGGUGCGCGGCCCCCCUGCGGAGGAGGCGGGGGCCCCCUCAGCGGUGGCAGUGAUAAUUGGAGCAGGUGGCGGGGACACCCGGCGGGCCACGGAGGACCUCCAGCCGCCUGCUGAAGAUGACGAAGCGGCAGAAGCCGAGGCGCUAACGAGCCCAGGGGCUCCUUCUGGGGAUUCGGCGCUUGUGGCUGCCGAGGGGGCCGAGCAGUUCGAGACUUGCCCUUCCGAGCUCUCCACGGGCGGCUCCGGGCUGUCCAGCGCCAAAGAGAAUACUGGCUGGCCGGAGGAGGAGGAGGAGGAGGAGGAAGAGGAAGAGCCCAGCCCUGUGCCUCGGCUGACGGAGCCCGCCGGGCCGUGCGGCCUCCCUGAGCCGCCCUGGUUGCAGGCAGCCGAGGGCCCCCCCGCACCCGGGGAGCCUCAGCCCAGCCCUUCGGUGCUCUUCUGGACGGCCUUGGAGGAGCCACACUUGCAGCUGGCCCAGGAACGGCCGGGCCAGCAGGCGCCGCCAGGGGGGCGAGGCCGUGGGGAGGAGCAGGCCGACGGCGGGGGCCCCGCCGGGAGUCCCGCUGGCCAGGCCCCGCCGGCCCCCUCCCCACAGGUCUUGGCGGGGGGGAUGCUGCGACAAGGGCAGCAGGAGGGCAGCUCAGCCAGCGGGUCGGAGCUCUCCUCCAGCUGGUCCGACGACAGGGUGGUGGACUACAAGAAGGCCGACUUCUGGCAGGCGGAAAGAGGGGAGCCGGACACGGCCCUGACGCUGGGCAACCCCUUUGCCCCUCGGCCCGCCCCCCCUCUCCAGAGCAACCCCUUCGCCGAGAGUCCUCCGAGCCAGGCUGCCGUCCUCCCGGUCUCCCUGAUGGAGGGCCUGAGCUCCCGAGAGCGUCCGGCCGAGGCCGCCCCGCCCGGCCCGUUCUCCGCCCCGCCCUCUGAGCAGGCGCCGGGGGCUCCUUUCCUGCCCGGCUUGCAGCCUUUGGCCUUCUCCACCCCCUCCCUGCAGGCUGUCCUUUGCCCCGAAGCCUUCCCCUUCCCUUCUCCCGUUGUGCCUCCUGCGUCUGGUGGGGGCCCCGUGGGGAGCAGCCCGGCCGUAGCCCAGCCCUCCCUCGCUCUGUGGCAGCCCAGCACGGAUGCUGCAGCCCCUUCGGUCUUGCCCGCGGAGCGCCAGCUGGCGGAAGAGGUGCCUCUCCAGCGGAUGGCCAGCCCACACCCAGUGAAGCCCAUCAGCAGCAGCAGCACUCCAGGACCAGUGACGUCGAGUGAGGAGGAGGAGAAGCCGCCGCGACAAACUGCCAGCCUGACGCCUGCCCGGAGCGGCAGCCAGGACAAGCUGCAGCCCACCACCUCGAGCAGCCGCGAUUCAUCGAGUCUGACCUUGCAGCUGGGAAAAGCAGAACCCAAAAGGGACCCUUCCGAGCCGGACCACUCGGCCAAGUACUACCACCUGACCCACGACGAGCUGAUUCAGCUGCUGCUGAAGCGGGAGGCGGAGCUCGGCCAGGAGCAGGAGCACGUCCGAGAGCUGGAGACCUACAUCGACCGGCUCCUGGUGCGCAUCAUGGAGCAGUCCCCCACCCUGCUGCAGAUCCCUCUCGGAGGGGGGCCGAAGGCUGCCAAAUAACACGCAGCCCGUUUGCACCCGUCUCGCCUCCGACAAAAACCCACGCGGCCCUCCUCCUCCUUCUUUCCCCACCUUCGGUUCCUCGCCCCACACCGCAUGCUCUCCUUGCUCAAGACCCCCAAGGAGAGGCCUGCAGCGGGCGCUGUGCUCCCCACCCCCUUGACCACGGACACCGUGCAGCAGGGCUCUGCCCCACCACGCCUUACGUCGGCCACGUGGGGCUGCCGCCCACCAGGUGCGUCCACGUCUCUUAAGAUGCCCACCUGUGCCAGGUGAA